GCUACAAUUUUCUCCCAAAUGGUUAAUUCAAAUUUGUUAGCCAUGUAAAAAAAACAAUUCUGGGUUAUUUUUCUCGGAUAUAGACAUUUUGAGAUUUAGAAGAAAGUGGAGAAACUGUGUGAACUGUCUACUCGAAACGAAAUUGCUCAGUUUCUUAUAGUUUUUUAUGUUCAGAAAUCACUAGUUAACAAUUGAUAUCAGCUAAAUUAUUGGUUCCUUCGUGUGUAUUUAAUAUUGUAAUUAAUCUAAAAAAAAUACUAGUACUUGGCGACGUGGCCUUACGCGUCUUUCAAUAUACCGGCGAAGCCGCGCAUCAGCGCUCUCCAGGUGCUCCGCCUCCAUUGGCCUCCGGAGGAGGCCUCGGUGUUGCGCUCGCAGCGGCGGCCGCGUCGCUUUCGGCGUUGGCAUCGGUGGCCCGGCGUUGUAACGACGACAGUGGGGGCGGUGUAGAAUCGUGUUCUAGUGGGGCAGAAAGGCGCACACGCGUCGUGAGGGAGAGCUUACUCUGUCGACAGCCGUGGCGUCACGUACCAUUUCCAUGCCCGGCAUACCACACUGCCUCGUUCGCAGGGAGUUCCGAAGUUGAUUGUAUUCAGCAUGAAUCAAUCUUUCUUUUCCCUUUUUUUAACGAAAAAUGGCAUACGAAAACAGAGUUGGGUUGGUUCCACGCAGUAGAUCAAUCGCAGGAAGCGACAAGCUGGGUCUCCCUAUCGUUCUCACUGAACUAACACGCACCAUGUUUUUUUCCCACCACCAUCUUAUCCACACACACUGCUCACCACUUCUACUAAUCUAGCCGCCCCUCUGUCUUGGACAUGUUGAAUGAUCCCAGGCCCCGCACCGCCGCCGCCGCCGCCGCCGCCGCUGCCGACCAUGAAGACGCUACCGCCGGGGACGCCGCAGAGUUCCGUGACAUCCACGUGUUAGCCCCGCCGACCUCGCACCUCGGCCGCGGCCGCCUCGGGGACCUUUGGGAAGGCGGCAGCGUCCGCUCAACGGCCUCCCUCUCCGUCGGGAGUGCGGAAGGCGUCAACGAGGGCGGCUUCACUAGUAUGAGCAGGGAGUUCAACGCCAUGGUCGUCGCAGGCUCCAACUUUCAGCAGCAGCAGAACGAUGGCGGCGGCAGCGUGGCUGACGAUCAGCUUACGCGCAUCGGCGAGGACGAGCUGGAGGAGAUCAAUCCGCUGGCAAUCGUCCCUGACAAUAACCCCUUUCCCUCCCCCCGCCGCCCAUCAUCCGCGGCCGGCGGCGGCGAGUCCUCCUCCUCCUCCUCCGUCGGGGUCCCUGUCCACGUCGUCAAGAAGGAGGAGGUGGAGACAAAGAUCGCCGCAUGGCAGGUCGCCGAAGUCGCGAAGAUCAACAACAGGUUCAAGCGCGAGGAAGUGGUCAUCAACGGGUGGGAGAACAACCAGACGGAGAAAGCCACGACUUGGCUGAAGAAAGUUGAGCGGAAGUUGGACGAGCAGCGAGCCAAGGCGACGGAGAAGAUGCAGAACGACGUGGCGAGGGCGCAACAGAAGGCGGCGGAAAGGCGGGCGUCGGCGGAGUCCAAGAGGGGAACCAAGAUCACCAAGGUGCUCGAGCUUGCCAAUUUCAUGAGAGCCGUGGGCAGAGCUCCAUCCAAGCGAUCCUUCUUCUAGCAGCUUGGAUUACUGAAAUCGUAGAACUCGAAUCGAGCGAUCUGCAUAUAUGGAAAGAUGAACAGGCUGAAAAUUGUAAGUCGAGAGGUCGAAUUGUCCUGUAAUAUAGUACCAUAUUCCUGUAUUGUUGGGAAGAUGAGAUCAAUAAUGUUUGGUUACUGGUUC